CCAGCCGCCAUCUCCUCUGUCACCCAGACGUCCUGCAGCUCCGCCGCCAACACCCUCCUCUCCUGGUCUCCACACCCGGCUUCCUCUCAGCCCAUGAAAACGCACAGGUGAUGACAACGGCUGUAACCUGCUGGGUUCACCUCCGAAGCAGAGCAAACCAGCUCUGGCCUCGCCACUAAAGCUCAGCUUUGAUGAGAACUCGCCAGUCUCAGCUCACCGACAGCUGUUUUCUCCCACUGUCAGAUCGUCUCCGAGGCGACAGGAAACACCUGCUGGAAGUCCUGUCCGCUACCGCUGUGAGAAGAGGCCGCCUGUCGCUCGGCUGUUUGCAGAAAACUCGAGGUUUCAUGAACGGGCGCUCCACACCGCCGUUCCCGAGCGGCUCCUGUCCAGAGAGGCCGAACGGGCAUCUGUCUGCUCCUUCCUAGAGGAGAAGGUGCUGCAGCGUCUCCCUGGCAGCCUAUACAUCUCUGGGGCCCCAGGGACCGGCAAGACGGCCUGCCUCAACCGUGUCCUGCAGGAGAUGAAGGCUGAGCUGUCCUCAGUCCAGACGGUGCUGGUGAACUGUAUGAGUCUGCGCAGCUCCCACGCCAUCUUCCCCCUGCUGGCCGACAAGCUGAGAGUGUCCGGCGGACAGAAGGGGCUACAGAGGUCCCUGACGGCCCCAGGGCCCAUGGUGCUUCUGGUCCUGGAUGAGAUGGACCAGCUGGACAGUAAAGCUCAGGACGUGCUCUACACCGUCUUUGAGUGGCCGUACCUGCCGCAGUCUCGCCUCUGUCUCAUCGGUAUUGCCAAUGCUCUGGAUCUGACCGACCGCAUCCUGCCCAGACUGCAGGCUCGCCCUCACUGUUGCCCCCUGCUGUUACAUUUCCCUCCAUACAGCCGCCAGGAGCUUGCCGCCAUCGUACAGGACAGACUGGCACAGGCGUCGGCUGAAGGGGUCCUGGACGCCUCAGCGGUCCAGUUCUGUGCCAGGAAAGUGUCGGCAGUGUCAGGAGACGCCCGGAAGGCUCUGGACAUCUGCAGGAGAGCAGUUGAGCUCGUGGAGUCUGACGAAAGGAAGAAAGCAGGCGAUUCACAAAGUGAAUCUAAUGCAUCUCGGGUCAGCCUCCCUCAGGUGGCGCGGGUGCUGUCGGAGGUGUACGGCGACCGCAUGGCGUCUCAGAGCGGCAGCUCAGAGGGAGAGAGUUUCCCGCUGCAGCAGAAGCUGCUCAUCUGCUGCCUCCUGCUGCUCAUUCGCAAUGGGAAGAGCAAAGAGAUCGUCCUCGGGAAGCUGCAUGAGGUUUACAGUCGUCUGUGCGCUCAGAGGCAGGUGUCUGCGGCGGGUCAGGGCGAGUGUCUGUCACUCUGCAGUCUGCUGGAGAGUCGAGGGAUCGUCGCUCUGAAGAAAGCCAGAGAGGCUCGUCUCACCAAGGUGUUUCUGAAGAUCGAGGAGAAAGAUGUUGAAAAUGCCCUGAAGGAUCGAACGCUGCUGGGCAGCAUCCUGGCUGCAGGACUCCCCUCGUGAUCCCACUGCUUUGUUUAAUUGGAUUUUUAAGUCGACACGUGAGCUCAGAUUUAUUUCUAUUCUCUUUUUUUUCCUCAUUUGUUUUUAAAGUUGCUAGAGACUUUUUUUUUCCAGCUGGUGUUGACGUUCAGCUUCAAGUUACUGAAAAAUGUUCACAUCAGUUAUGAAAUCUGAAAUCAUCUGUUUGGAUUUGAAAUGUUGCCAUUAUUAUGCUGUAAAUAAACAAAUGUUCAUGUGUUUUAA